AUGGAAAUCUAUUCUAGCUUCUUUUCAAAAUCGGUUUUACUGAAAGUCAUAGAAGCAGGAAGUCCCGUUUGCAUCUUUGUCAGAGAGAUCCCGAUAUCAACCCGAAUCCCAGAAGAUGCAAACAUUGAAGCGUAUUACGAUGGACCCGGUUCAGUUCUUGAGAUACUUGUCCCGAAACUAAGAGCUGGCCCGGAAGAGCACGAGGUGCGUGUGUGUCUGCGUCCACAUCUCGGAGGAAACGAUCUUAUGUUCAGUUUCCUCGUUUGUAGAAAGCUUAUAGAAGUCACCUCUCAUAGUCAUUGA